GAUGACGGAGCGGCCGCCGAGCGAGGCGGCACGCAGUGACCCUCAACUAGAGGGGCAGGAGGCGGCCGAGGCCCGCAUGGCCCCCCCGCACCUAGUCCUGCUCAACGGCGUCACCAAGGAAACGAGCCGCGUAGCCCCGGCUGAGACCCCAGUCAUCGAGCUAGGCGCGCGCAGCAGCGCGGGGGGCGGCCCCGCCGGUGGGGGCGGUGCCGCGAGGGACUUAAAGGGCCGCGACGCGGUAGCAACUGAAGCUCGCCAUCGGGUGCCCACCACCGAGCUGUGCAGACCUCCCGGACCCGCCCCAGCGCCCGCGCCCGCCUCGGCUCCUGCAGAGCUGCCCGGAGACGGCCGCAUGGUGCAGCUGAGCCCGCCCGCGCUGGCAGCCCCCGCCGGCCCCGGCCGAGCGCUGCUCUAUAGCCUUAGCCAGCCGCUCGCCUCACUAGGCAGUGGGUUCUUCGGGGAACCGGAUGCCUUCCCCAUGUUCACCAACAACAACCGGGUGAAGAGGAGGCCCUCCCCAUAUGAGAUGGAGAUAACGGAUGGUCCCCACACCAAGGUAGUGCGGCGAAUCUUCACCAACAGCCGGGAGCGAUGGAGGCAGCAGAAUGUGAAUGGGGCAUUUGCUGAGCUCCGAAAGCUGAUCCCCACCCAUCCACCAGACAAGAAGCUAAGCAAGAAUGAGAUCCUCCGCCUCGCCAUGAAGUACAUCAAUUUCCUGGCCAAGUUGCUCAACGACCAGGAGGAGGAAGGCACCCAGCGUGCCAAGCCUGGCAAGGACCCUGUGGUGGGAGCUGGUGGGGGUGGGGCAGGGGGUGGCAUACCCCCUGAAGACCUUCUACAGGAUGUGCUUUCCCCCAACUCCAGCUGUGGCAGCUCCCUGGAUGGGGCAGCCAGCCCGGACAGUUAUACAGAGGAGCCAACGCCCAAGCACACUCCCCGCAGCCUCCAUCCUGCCCUGCUGCCUGCUGCUGAUGGGGCUGGCCCUCGGUGAUGUGUCUAGGGCUGCCCAGGGCCAGCAGGCAGAGGGGCCUUUAGGCCCCUGGGUUGCUGGGCUUCAGGGCAGGUGGGAUGAGAAGCAGGGCGAUGGACUUAAUGAACUUCCCUUAUGGUCUGAACUUUGGGAAGUCCCAACUGACCCUGGGCUGGCAUUUCUGUUUCCUGCCUGGAAACAGAAGAAGAAAACAGAGUGAGGUAGUAGGUACUUUUUCUGAAGAUGGCACGGUCUUCUCCCUUUCCCAAGCCCCAAGAUUUCCCCAAUGACGAGGCUCAAGGGUCACUAUUUUUUUUGUCUCAAGUUUGUGAGCCUUUUUUUGGACAAGAUCUGGGGUUGUCACCUGUUACCCAAGGCAUCCAGUUGGCUUCUGCCUUGCCUUUAUCCCAUCCCGAGCUGGCUGGGGUGGCUUUUGUGGCAGCUUCUGUUCAAAUACAUAGGUACCCAAGAGCUGACCAUUUCUUGAGCCCCAUCUUCACCCAGUUCUCUGUUGGUCCAACCAGCUUGCCAGCUGCUGUGGAGAGUCAAGGUGCCUUCUUCAGGGCCUGGUUGGAAAUGAUGGCCAGUAACCAGACAAGCUGCUCUCGACUAGCUGGGGCAGAAAACCCAAUCACCCUUUAUGCUCCAGGGAAUCAGAGCUCUGAUUUUCUACCCAGUGAGACUUGCCUUCCUCUACGGUGACUGUGAGGACCAAGUCAGCAGCCUUGAACAUGCUCUGUUGGGCUGUGUGCUGGCACUGAAAGGGAAAGUGACAUUAGGGUGAGCCAAGCAAGAGUGUUUGGGCCACUGGGUUUCAACUCCUGCACAUCACUGUGCAGGAGAGCAAAUGAUCGUGUGCUGGUGUGUUGCAUGUUGGUGCUGGGGCUAUGCAGCCCAUCGGCUUCCCCAGGAAGCUUAAAGGGAGCUUCCGGUUGCAAGAUGUCUGUUGGCUGACAGUCUGGACUUCCAAAUGGAGUACAAACUGUCCUGUAAAUACUCUAUUUGGGAUUCUGCCUGACCAGUUGUUGGUGGCAACUCUUGGCCAUGAUACAACCCGAGAUGCAGCCUGAUGCUAAGGCAAGGCGUCCAGUCAGAGCAAGGAAGGCCCUGGCUGAGACCUGAGCACGCAUAUUUGCUCAGCUUAAACUUUAAGUACUCUCCCUUCACACAACUGCAGUCCCCACGUGUGUGCAUAGUAGGUUGGUUUAACAUGAAGUGAGUGCCCCCUCUAAAAACUGUACAUGAAAUUUUUGUAAAGCAAAUCCUUCUUCUCCAUCUUUUAAAGACAUAACUCCUGCAGGUCAUUUUGUAAAGUGGAGAAUCCUUUUGUAGUAUGGACAACUACCCCAUUGUUUGUCCCCUGUGUCAAUUCAGGUGGUGGGACCGAUUUUUCCUGAAGCUAGGCCUCUAAUGAAGUUCAAGCUCAUGGAACAAAGUGCACAGAAGCCCUGUGUAUCUGUUGUAGUAUUGGUGUCACUCAGCUCUCACUGCAGGCUUUGCCUUCGAGCUAGAGAGAAAAUAUCCAAAGGCCCCAUUGUGUAAUGUGUGAGCCCAUCUCUUCUCUGUUGGAGUUUCAGCACCAUGGCUUGUUGGCCCCAUGGUAAGGCCUGAGCAUAGACUUAGGUGGACAGAGAUGGAUCCUUCUACCUUCUCCUUCCUAUUAAGCACUGAGGACCCUCAGGUGUAGGGACAAUUUGGUCAGCUACUAAGGCUCUGUGAUUCUUUGUCUCAUAUCGCAUUCUGCCAACACACGUACUGCCAUGAACAUUAAGGUUGGUUCCUUCCCAUCGCUUGGGAGUUAGUUCAAGGAGUUGGAGCCAUGGAACUGCUGUCCUGGCCUCUAAGGCUAUUUGCGUCUUAGUGGAAUGAUGACUUGGGAAUGAAAAAUGUGGAUCUGUAGGUGGAUAUGGUUCUGUGCUCUAUACCCAGUACAGACACAAAAGAAGCUUCGUUACCCUUAGUACUGACCAUGCUGUGAGGUUCCAGCCAGAGUUCAGGACCUGGGCAGUUGAUGUUUGUAUCAUUUAGAUUAUAAAAUAUUUUCCAUUGAGUUAUCUAGAUGCCCAUUUCUCAAGAUUAAUAUCAAUUUCUUCCUGAUUCCAAGGCAAGAGACAGGAGUAAGAAAGGGAGAGAGAUAGCUACAGUUUCUAAUGGGGGCUGGGCAGGUAAGAUCUAAGGAAGACCCCGAAUUCUGUUCUCAUACUCCACACCCCAUAUCUUUCUUCCUUUACUUCCUCCUUGCCCUUGAGAAGUAGCAGCAUCCCAAGAACAAUAUCUGUACAAAGGGGGGAAAAUGUAAGCAUGAGAAAACAUUGAAAAAAAAAACCAGUGAGGAAUAUAAGUACAGAGAGAGUCCCGCCCUUCAAGAAUAAUCCAUGUUCAUUUGUGGUGGCAAGUGACAAGAUGGUACAACCUUUAUCCUUUUCCAGAAACAAAAAUAAAGGGCACAGCAACUGUAGUGAGCCAACAGCUAUUUUGGCCUUUUGGGUGGGUCUAGCAGUACUUGGGAUCCCAGUGGUACAUGACCCUCUGCCUAAGGCUUGCCUCAGCCUGUGUACAUAGCACGCCGUGUCUGUGGGCAAGCCCAGCACUUUCCGUCAGUGUCGUACUGUAUGUGAUGAACUGUGUUGGUCUCUGUGUGUUUCUGCAGAAGAGGAGUAACUACUCCGGGUACCUUGAUAUUUGUACAGCCUAGAGACCAACACUGCGGGCGUGUGACUCUUUAUUGGGAAAAAAAAAAGGACAAAAACAAAACAAAACAAAAAUACCAGUGUGGUGACAAUAGUGUGUGUAUAUAUAUAUAAGGUUAUAUGGGAAGAUUUCUAAAUAAAAGUUUUACAAAGGG